ACACAGCAUUCGAAACAAAGAAAGAGAACCGAGAAGAUACAGACGCGUUUACUUAUCAAACCCAAAAAAGAAGAAAAAGAAAAAAAACACAUUCUCUCUCUCUCUCUCUACACAAUUUCCCCGGGGAGAACUCAGAUGAAAAGUGCUUGCCAAAACGCUGUCCCCUUUCCCUAAUCAAAACUCUCAAUUAGGGCUUGAAAUGUGGAGGUACUGAGAGAAAAAUGGAAGAGUCCGCAACUUCUCCAGUAUCACACAACGACGAACAGAAACCCAACUCUCAUCAACAGCAGCAGCAGCAGCAGCAACAACAACCAGGGUUUUGGAGAAAACUAGGGUUCGGGUUCGGGUUUAACCCCUUCCCUUCGGUAGACCCUGAUCCCAAACCCAACCCCACUCCUCAGCCUUCCGAUGAUCAAAUCGCCAGUGGAGCGAUCGCUAUUCAAGAGCCUCAGACCCUGCAACUGACCAGCGAAGACAUUGAUGACCAGGUAAAAUCCCAAGUUUUGGAAGAAAGGGGAGUAGUAAGCAACGAGUGUGUGGGUAGGGAAUUUGAUGUUGAUCACGAAUUGGGUACUCAGCAAACCCUAAAAAGUGAAGAGCUUCUGUACCAGGAAGCAGUGGAAGAAGAGAUUAAAAAUCUAGUCUUGGAAGAAAAGAGGAAUGGGAAUGAUGAAGGUAAUGGAUGUCGUGACGAGAGCAAUUGCUAUCAUCGCGAGGGUAUUCAGGAUUUUUCUUACAAAUGGGACAUCCUAGAGCUUGAGUACCAGCAAGAAGUUGAAGAAGAGAUUCAAAAUCUUGUUUUGGAAGAAAAGAAAAAUGAAUAUGGUGAUGAGGCUAUUGGAUAUUAUCGUAAUAAGAAUGAUUAUCAUUACGGUGGUGGUGACGAUAAUGAUGAUGAUGAUGGUAAGAGUGAGAUUGAGAAAGAAGAUGGUGGGAAUGGGCUUGUUGAAGGAGAGACUGGGGGGCCUAUGGGAUGGCGGAAGGAGGGUAGAUACAGGAGGAGCUUGUAUCCGGUGAGACCCGAUGUCGAAGACUGUUCGCAUUAUGUACGGACAGGGGCGUGCAAGUUCGGACCGAAUUGCAAGUUCAAUCACCCUUUCAGAAGGAAAAAUCAGUUUGCUAAGGAGAAGGUCAAGGAGAGGGAAGAAAGUCCAGAAAGACCGGGGCAGGUCGAAUGCAAGUAUCACCUGAGUCCAGGGGGGUGUAAGUAUGGAAAAGCUUGUAGAUACAAACACAGCAUACGAAAAACUCCAGCAGUUCCAAUAGUUGAAUUCAACUUUCUGAAUCUUCCAAUCCGCCCGGGAGAAAGGGAGUGCCCUUUUUACAUGCGUAAUGGCUCAUGCAAGUAUGGAGUAAACUGCAGGUUUAAUCACCCGGAUCCUACUGCAGUGGGAGGAGGUGACACCCUUUCUGGACAUGGUCCUGGUGGAGCUGUUCCAUUACAUGGCGCAUCUCAAUCAACUAUGUCACCCUGGUCAUCACCAAGAGCAUUGAGUGAGACCGGUCCUUUUGCUCCAGUGGUGUUUCCGCCAACCCAAGGGAUUCCUUCCCCGUAUCCAGAAAGGAAUGGUCAUCAGUGGCUUGGUAAUGAUCAUGUAUACCCAGCACCAUCAGAGAGGAGGCUGCCUACACCACCUGCUUUUUCCCUCAACACUCCAGCUGAGAUCAAUUUCUAUGCACCUCAUAAACAGCCAAUGCUCAUUGACGAAUUCCCAGAACGACCGGGCCAACCUGAAUGCAGUUAUUUCUUGAAAACUGGGAACUGUAAGUAUAAAUCCGGAUGCAAGUUUCACCAUCCUAAGAACAGGUUGCCGAAGACAGCUGCCCCUUAUUCUCCAGCUCUGAGUGACAAUGGUCUGCCACAAAGACCUGGUCAAAACAUUUGCUCGCAUUACAACCGUUAUGGCAUUUGCAAGUUUGGGCCUGCUUGUAAAUUUGACCAUCCGGUGAACUAUGGUCACUUGGCUGCUUCUUCCCCUGGGUUUGUUGCCCCAGCGAUGCCUUCUGGGUUUGGCAACUCACCAACAGUAGAUGAUGGGUGGGAGCCAGCGGUGCCUUCUGGGUUUGGCAACUCACCAACAGUAGAUGAUGGGUGGGAGCGAGCGGUGCCUUCUGGGUUUGGCAACUCACCAACAAUAGAUGAUGGGUGGGAGUGAAAAUGGAAUGGCACUCUUCAGUCUUUUAGGUUUUGAUUUUUAUUUUCAGACAGGAAAUUCUUUCUUUUUCUUUAAUUCCUGAGCUUUAAUUGCCACAACCUCUUCCAGAGGAGGCAUGGUAUAUUUAUCAUGUGUUAUAUAAAAGCGCAAGCAUUGAUGAUUUGUAAA